AGUGAGCGACCGGAGCACAGGGGCCGCCGCAGCGCCGCCCGCGCCAGUGCGACUUCACCACCCCGCCGAGCCCCGCCGAGCCGUGUGCCGGAGCCUGCCGGAUCCGCCGGAGCAAGGGCUGCGCCACCGCGCCGGGAGCCUGUGGCGCGCGCACCGCCGGGGCGGCAGCGAGCGAGCGAGAGAGAGAGAGAGAGAGAGAGAGAGAGAGAGGGAGGGAGAGACCAGCCGGAGCCACGACCCGCAGCCGGCCUGCCGCCGGGCCGCCCACAAACCACUACCACGGUGACGAGAAUGACAUGGCUUUCGUGGGGGUGGAGCUCCGGACCACGUGACAGAGCCAAGUUGCUGUCCCACUAGCCAUUAUGACCAAAAAGAUGGAGCGAGGCGUGCCGUCGUGCCGUGAGGAAGCCGGGGGUCGCGAGGCGUCAUCUCAGUGAGCCAUGUCGGAAUGGCCGUCUCCCACCAACUGGACGGAGGCGGGCUCCUCCACUGCCCAGCCCGACUACGACGAUGCGGACGAGACUCACCUGCAGCGGGUGGCGGUGCUCGUCUGGCUGUACGGCGUGGUGCUCGCGGUGGGGGUGGUGGGUAACGUGGGCAUCGUGGCGGCCAUCAUGUCGCAGCCGGGCGGCCGGUCCCGGUCGCUGCUGCUGCUUCAACUCUGCGCCUCGGACCUGCUCGUGUGCGGCGUCACGGUGCCCGUGUCGGCCGCCGCCGUGGCCUCCUCCUCCUGGACGCUGGGCUCCUUCGCCUGCAAGCUGGCCUUCUUCUUCCAGACCAUGCCCGUGGCCGCCAGCACGCUGUCGCUCAUGAUGCUGUCCCUGGACCGAUACGCGGCCGUCAAGCACCCCAGGGUGCUCGCCAGGAUGGGCCGCCAGAGCGGGCUCCCCGCCGCCAUGGUGGUGUUCGUCUGGCUGGGCGCCGCAGCCGUCUCCGGGCCCGUCAUCACCGUGCGCGACGUCGGCGAGGCGGGGCAGUGCGAAGAGUCGUGGACCAACCCGUCGCUGCGCACCACGUACGCGUUGAGCCACAUAGGCCUGGUGUACCUGGUGCCGUGCCUCACGGUGGCCGGCUGCCACUGGGCCGUGGGCCACAAGCUCUGCGCCGCUGCGACGGCCAGCGUCCCCGCCGCGGCCGGGCUGCCCCUGCCUGCGCCCCGCAAGCCGAGACAGGUGAUCAUCAUAGCCGACGGCCAGUCCAAGGUGGUGCCGCUCCACGGGCCAGGCGACGGCGAUUCGGACGACGACGACGCCCACGAGCAGAUCCGGGCGGACCUGGCCGAGUGGCAGCGGCGGCCGCGCAAGCCGCGGCACGGGCCUCGUGGGCCGCGCGUCCGGAGAGCGUCCCGGUCGGAGCGUGCCAUCGUGCGCGCCAACCGCCGCCUCCGGAGGCCGCCCCUUGUCAAACAGGCCUCGCGCCAGUCGCUCCAAAGCCGACGCCGCCUCGCCAAGCUGCUAGUCGCUCUGGGCGGCGUGUUCGCCACCUGCUGGCUGCCCUACGUCGUGGUGCGGAUGUACGCCGAGCUGGCCGUCGACGGCGAGGCGGUGCGCGAGCUGCUGCCCUUCGUGCUCCUGCUGGGCCACACGCACUCCGCCAUCAAUCCCGUCGUGUACUGGCUGCUGAACAGGCAGACCCUGCGCUGGCCCGCCAUCUCCGCGCGCUGCACCUCUUGCCCCUGCUUUGCCGGCGAGCUCCCUCUACGGUGGCCGUCAUUCCCCGGUCGCCGCGACGCUCGCCUCGACUGGAACCCCCGCGCGUCCUCGACCAACGAGGCGGCUCUGGGCGCCUUCCACCCCAAGUACAACAAGGCUCGUCCACAGCAAAACGAACUCUACCGCCCCAGGGCGUCGUCUGUGUUUCUUAACUGAAGGUGGAAGAGGCAGUGCAGGUUUGCAAAACGCCAUCGUUGCAAGCUCCCAAGGUUUUACGACGAAACUAACUAGAAAAUUAAAUCGUUUCAACGAACGUGCAGUCGGAGGUACGAGAUUUACAAACGCAGCAGUCGUAUUCUUCAAAGUUUUUCGUAUGUAAAAAAGCUAAAUAAUAUACAGAGGUGAAUCUGCUCGUUGUACCAUAAAAUUGUAACUGUUGUCGACUCUUCAGGGUAAGAGAGUCUAAUUUGUUUUACUAGUAAGAAGUUUAUUUCUUUUCUGCAUUCGCCUUGCACUUGCGUGUCCCAAGUUCACUCGCGCGCAUGGCAACCGCCGACCAGUCCCGAUCUAUGCUCAGUAGUCUUGUAAAUACGAAAACGAAAAGAUAUUGGGAUCAAUACUACUUCCUCUUGUGUCACUAUUGGAAAUUCAACCUCUACUAUCGAGUAUGAUAAAAACGUAAGCACGAAGAUAACACUGACGUAGACUGACAUACUUAGACGUAUAAUGUGUCCUCUGACAGUUCACAACUUUACAAAAAAACUAGCAAAACAGUACAGGCAAAUGGCAUGUAAAAAAAAAAGUUUGUAGACAACUUUGGAAUAGUUCAUGACAAAAGAUUGGACAUGGUGUUGCACAUUCAGUAUGCUGUUGGUAUAUCAACAGUUGUUGAACUUUUCCAGAGAUGUUUUUUGAAAACAUAAUCGAGAGCGUUGUAUUCUGAUUGGUAUUCAUACACUGAUACCCACCGAGCAUAGCUGAUUUAGAAGUGUGCAUGCUAUGCUCACGUUCUGUUUCGGUGCUUUUAUGAUUUUGUGUACAAUGUUCACUGUUAAGUUUUCAGGGGAACAUUUUCCACGGUAGAAGCAGAAGCCCAUUGUAAAAUAGUAAACAUUGUGCUUGGGUUUCAGCUACUUUUCAAAUGCAAAAUGCAAAAAAAAAAAAAAAUAGAACUAAACUUACUAAACAGUCAUUCCAUACUAGUCAGGUAGCUUUUCCAAAAGAAUUAUUUUUUACCCAAAAUAAGAAUAUGGCUGUACACGUAUAUAUUAUGUACAAAACAGUUGUGAGACCGUGCAGAGCAUCUUAUAUGCAUGGUCAUGGCAGGUUUCUACUCAUGGGAAACCUCGUGGUUCAUAAUUGUUACAAAUCUCCAGAGCGUCUUACACGCGAGCCUCUGGGGCAAUUCUCAAAACUGUAGAGCGGGCCUCACUUUGUAUAUACAAGUUUAAAGCAUUAUGUUUCUUGGCCUGAGUGAUAUAUUUCCUUAACAUAUCGAGUUGUAGUGCUGUUCUAACUACCGUUCCAUUCUCAACACUAGGUUUUAGAACUCGUGUACUGGAACGAUCUUCCAAACCUUACUAAACAAUCUACGGGAAAGAGGAUAAACAAACACCUCUCAUGUUUACAGGUGUUUCAAGAGUACAGUAGGUAUCCUCUAGAUCUUUCGUAUCCCUCUCGCGUGACGUUCUUAGAACCCUUCCUAUUAGAACAUUGUGAUAUCUGUUUUUAGAUAGACAGCGCCUUUGAUUUGGGCGACAAUAUUUUUAAAAAGCCACUGUCUGUAGAGCUUUGUGUGUGUCUGACUGUCUUUGAGUUGCAACAGUGUAUUUUGUUGAACUUUAUUUUUUCACAAAUUGUGGGUAAUGUUAAUGCGUAGUCAAAUGUUCGUCCAAAUCUGCGGACUUUUGCAGAGACUGUCCUCAUAUUUUUUACUGUGUAUAUCGUACAAAUGUUAAUCUUCAAACGAAUAAAAUAUGCGAUCAUGGCGUUUUGCCUCUGAA